CCACUCCCCCCCCCACCCCCCUCUCCCCUUCCCCAUUGCUUCCAGGAAAGGGCUCCCAGCAAACAGAGCUGCUGCUCAGACUGGUCUGUCUUCAGCCCCAUCAAGGAGGGAGGCAGGAUGGAGCCCAGGCUUUGGUUGGCAACCAGCACCCUGGCAGCAGUGCUGGGCAUGGCCCUGCUGGAGGACGUGUGUAGGGCACCAGAUGGCAAGGACGGCUUCCCGGGAAUCCCUGGCCUCGAUGGAAGGCCAGGGCAGAAGGGUGACAUGGGAGAGCCAGGGAAAUCAGCACAGAGGACGGGCAUCCAGGGACCCAAAGGGGAUGCGGGUGAGCCGGGGCCUCCUGGCAUCCCAGGGAACCGGGGCUACCAUGGCCCCCCUGGGCCCCCUGGGCCCCCAGGGGAGCCAGGGAUAAAGGGGAGCAAAGGGAAAGCUGGCAAUAUCCUGGAGCAGCCACGUCCUGCCUUCUCUGCCUCACGGAGGUCCCCACCAUCUACGGGUAAGACUGUGGUGUUCGACAACGUCAUCACCAACCAGGAGAGCUCCUACAGUCCCCAGACUGGGGAAUUCACCUGCCGGGUCCCCGGGGUUUACUACUUUGCCUACCAGGUGGUCUCCAGCGGGGACCUCUGCCUGAGCAUCACCAAGAACAGGGAGCGCGUGGUCAGCUUCUGCGAUUACAACAGCCGCAACAUCCUGCAGGUGAACUCAGGCAGCAGUGUACUCAGCCUGGCUGUGGGCGACCAGGUCUCCAUCAGCACCGACCCAGUCAGGGGCAGCAUGAUUUACAGUGGCUCUGAGGCAGACAGUGUCUUCAGCGGCUUCAUGCUCUUCCCUCAGAUGGGCUGAUGGACCCCCAGUCCGGAUCUGCCUAGCACCAGAGCAUCAUGGUGUGUGUGUGCCUGCAUGUCUUUUCCCUCUGUGAGUGCAUGGAAUGGUUUAGUACCACAGCAAAGGCCGUAGAUUGAGCUGCUCGAUGGGUCCUGUGCUUCCACAGGUGUCACAAAGUGGCCAGGCUGUGGGUCACCACUGCAGCAGUGAGACUCCUGCUAGAAGUAACCUCUGUGCUGAGCCUGCCUGCUCCAUCCUAGAGGCAGAGGUCUCCUGGCCCCAGCAGCACUUUCUGCUCCUGGGCACUCAGACCCCGCACUGGAGGAUCCCAGUUGUGACUGGGGCCAUUCACCAGCUGUGGCUCUUUGCUCCUGGGUGGGCAACCACUGCAUGCCACUGCUUCCUGCUAUAUUCACCAUUGUAAAUGCCUUUCUGGUGCCAGGCCCCUCCUGCGUCUCGCGUCCUCCCCAUCAGUAUAAAUAAACCCUGUUUCCACAACA